AUGACCGACGUCUACGAGAGCCCUGACUGGACCGUGUUUCCGACCGUGUCGUCUACCGAACCCAACCAAUCCUCAAUUGCUGAACAGCUCCACAAGAUUGCUAUCAAGUGGCACACUAUCCGGAAAGACCUGUCCGAUAUCGAAGAGCACAUUGUGCACCUGCGGGCUAUUGCCGAGGGCAAGACCUUCACUGCCAAGGAGAUCACUGGGAUGCUGAAGAGCCCCGAUGCCGUCGACGCAUUGAAAGCACUGGAGUCCACAUGCACGUUCUGGUCGCGGUGGGUGACGACGUAUCUCGAGAGGACGAACAUAAGGAUCAACCUGAUGCAUCAUCUCGCCGCCCAAAACACAAGCACCCUGGCGACCGAUGUGGCACUCCAGACCCAGCGAGACAGCGUAUCGAUGUUCACACUGGCCAUGGUGACGGCCGUGUUCCUUCCGGGAACCUUUUCCGUACUCAGCACCACUUUCUUCAGCUACGACGGCAACGUGUUUGCCAUCUCCAGCUGGUGGUGGAUCCUGCCUCUGACUGCUGCUCCUCUGACCGGGCUGGUGAUGUUUCUCUGGUUCUGGUGGUUCCGGCAGCGGCUCAGUCGAGACCAUGCGACACUACAGACCCGGCGAGAUGUGGUGGAGGGUUCAGAUUCUAGGUCAAGCCUCGUUGGACGCAAGUGA